CCCAGCAGCCCAGCCCGGUAGUGGUAACCCCGUCCCCGCAGUGCCCGCCCGAUCCCAUCCGCCGCAGCGCUCGUGCUGCUGUCUAGAGCCUAGCCUCACCACCAUGAGAGUCCUGCUCGCGUCUCUCUUCCUCUGCACCUUAGUCGUCAGCAACGCUAAAGGUAGCCAAGAACCUCGGAAGUCAGAUCCAUCAAACUGUGGCUGUCUGAAUGGAGGAACAUGUGUGUCCUACAAAUACUUCUCCAAUAUUCAGCGAUGCAACUGCCCAAAGAAAUUUCAAGGGAAGCAUUGUGAAAUAGAUACAUCAAAAACCUGCUAUGAGGGGAAUGGUCACUCCUAUCGAGGAAAAGCCAACACUGACAUCAAGGGCCGACCCUGUCUGGCCUGGAAUUCAGCUGCUGUCCUUGGGAAAACAUACAAUGCUCACAGAUCUGAUGCUCCUCUUCUGGGUCUGGGGAAACACAAUUACUGCAGGAACCCAGAUGGCCAAAGGCAGCCAUGGUGCUAUGUGCAGAUUGGCCGAAUGCAGUUUGUCCGUGAGUGUAUGGUGUCCAGCUGCUCUGUUGAACAAGAAUUUCAGUGUGGCCAGAGGGCUGUGAGGCCCCGCUUUAAGAUUGUUGGGGGAGAGUUCACCAACAUUGAGAACCAGCCCUGGUUUGCAGCCAUCUACAGAAAGCACCAGGGAGGCUCUGUUACCUAUGUGUGCGGUGGCAGCCUUAUCAGUCCUUGCUGGGUGGUCAGUGCCACACAUUGCUUCAUUAAUUACCCUCGGAAGGAACACUACAUUGUCUAUGUGGGUCGAUCAACACUGAACUCUGUUACUCCUGGGGAGAGGAAGUUCGAAGUAGAGCAGCUCAUCUUACACGAGGACUAUAGUGCUGACAGCCUGGCCCACCACAAUGAUAUUGCCUUAUUGAAGAUUCGUUCAAAUACAUACCAGUGUGCGAAGCCAUCCCGGUCCAUACAAACCAUCUGCUUGCCCCCAAGGGUUGACGAUGCCCAUUUUGGCACAAGCUGUGAGAUCACUGGCUUCGGAAAAGAAAGUUCCAGUGACUAUCUUUAUCCAAAGAAUCUGAAAAUGACAGUUGUCAAACUAGUUUCUCACAAGGAGUGUCAGCAGCCCCACUACUAUGGCUCUGAAGUCACCACCAAAAUGUUGUGUGCGGCUGAUCCACAAUGGGAAACAGAUUCUUGCCAGGGAGACUCUGGAGGACCCCUUGUUUGCUCUACCAAUGACCGUAUGACCCUGACUGGGAUUGUGAGCUGGGGUCGAGGAUGUGCCUUGAAGGACAAGCCAGGUGUCUACACGAGGGUCUCAUACUUCCUGGACUGGAUCCACGCCCACAUCGGGGAUGAAAAUGGCCUCGCCCUUUGAGCACCUCCAGAGAACCAAAGGAGGAAACAAACAGGGUGGGAAACUCCCAUGCUGACUGUCAUCUCUGCUGCUGGGUCAUCUCCAUCAGCUCUAGGGAAGAGGCUGCGUGAGACAGGCUCUAUGGAGAUGGUUUGCUUGUGCUGCCCACCAGGGUGAGCAAUAAUAGCUUUACCCUCAGACAUGGGCCUGGGUGCUGGUCACCCAGACCCUCCUGGCUGGGAUGGAGCGGUGGUCCUGACUCAGGAUGGUUUUGACCAGUUACAUCUUCUUCUGGACUAAAAUCUCCGGAGUUCAAAAUGGUGUCUCCUGUGUAUGGAUGGGAGGAGAGUUAGUUCCCCCAACAGAGCCAUUAAUGAAGCCUAUUCUUGGGAAAUGAAUAAUUUCCCAAUUAGGAAUUGUAACAGCUGAGGUCUCUUGAGAGAGCUUGAUCAAUGUGAGAACAGUAUUUGGGGGAGGGGGGGAUAGAGACACUAAUAGUUUGAGGGAGGGACUCUGCAUUCCACAAAUGGAUUGGGAAAUACCAUUUAUGUUUGUGUACUUGGGUGCUGGCUAUGAGUGUAAACAAGUAAAUGAAAUAGAGCUGGUAUGUGCCUGUGUCUGACUACAAGUCUAAAUAUUCCCUAAAACUGUGGACUGUGGUGUCACAAAGUGGUUUAUCUGGAGAUGUUAUGUGUCAUUACUGGAGCUUCUUGGAUCACCCAUGUGAUACUUUCUGUGAUUGUAGCAUUUUCAAGCAUGACCUGUGACCAGCACUAAAUGUCUGUUUCACUUUUAUGUAGUUAUCAGUUUCUUGGCCAGUUAAGCCCUCUGACUUACUAGCAAAUUUUGUCCAAUCCUCACUGGAUGGGGUGAGGACCACUCCUAUAUACUGAAUAUUUAAUAAUUAUAUUCUGCUGUUUUUAUUUAUAUCUAUUUUUUAUAAUUAUAAAUAAGGAUGAUCAAUAAAAUGUGAUUUUUUCUGAA